GGGCACACGCACCCCGAUCAGAGCACAACAAACAGCAGUCCACCCUGAGCCUGAGCCUUCUCACUCACUCAUCAGGACAGAGCACACUGGAUGGGGACGUGUGCUGUGCUCCAGACCAGAAGCUUCCACACUACCACUUUCAGUCUGGAGAAAACUGCCAGCGAGGCACAACCUCGACACAUGAUCAUAGAGCAGCAGCAGAAAAGCAGCAAUCAGACUGAUUUCACAGAGGGAUUGAAGAUAGAAACCUUCUGUUCUGCUCUCCGGCUGUGACGUGGUGUUCAGAGACUGACUGGUCUUGUCUAGUGGGACAUCCCAGCCAUGGAGGACACACUCACCUGUACUCCCACCACCUUUUCCCAAGUGUUUGGCCGCCAAGGACAGCUGAUGCAAGCUACUGUGCAAUCUCUGAACAGCCUGAACGACCAGAUCGCUCACUUCAUGGUGAACAGACCCAACUCCAUGAGCCAUGAAGAGGACACCUUUCUGCCCAGUGAAAGAGAUACUUUGAAACAAUCCAUGGCUCUGAUGAGACACUUGCUUAUGGACGCACAGGGCAAAAUCCUGAAAAUGAUGGAGGACAACAAGCAGCUGGCUCAGCGGAUUGAUGGGGCCAUCCAGUCGGCCAGCCAGGAGGUGACCAACCUGCGCUCCGAGCUCUCCAUGACCAGCCGCAGACUGGCCGAGUUGGGGGCCUGCAACCCCCUGGAGAACAACCAGCAGAACCACCAUCACCACCACCACCACCUCCUCCACGAUCCGACGGUCCACCACAGGCAGAAGUCAGUGAUGUCUGAACUUGGUUUCCAGACAGGAAUGUCGAGCUUGAUGGACUUUGGAACUCCAGAUUCUUCAUUUGACAAAGUGUUGCUGAGGGAGGAGGUGGCUCAGUUGCAAGAGGAGGUGCACCUCCUGAGGCAGAUGAAGGACAUGUUGAGUAAAGACCUGGAAGACUCACAUGGUGGCUGCUCGGCUGACACGCUCUCCGCCGCCGAGCUCAAGGUGCAGCUGGGGGAGAAAGAGCAGGAGCUGGAGCGUGCCAAGGAGGCCUUACAAGCUAUGAAGGGCGAUCGAAAGAGGUUGAAGGCGGAGAAAGCUGACCUGGUGAAUCAGAUGCAGCAGCUGUACACCACACUGGAGAGCCGUGAAGAGCAGCUCCGAGACUUCAUCAGAAACUAUGACCAGCACAGAAAGGAGAGCGAGGACGCGGUAAAAGCUCUGGCUAAAGAGAAGGACAUGCUGGAGAGAGAGAAAUGGGACCUGCGCAGGCAAACCAAAGAGGCCACAGAACAAGCCAGUGUCCUGCACUCCCAGAUAGACAUGAAGGAGAACCGAAUCAAAGAGCUGGAGGCAGAGCUCACCAUGGCAAAGCAGUCUCUGGCCACCCUCACGAAAGACGUGCCAAAGCGACACUCUCUGGCGAUGCCAUCAGAGCCAGUGGUGAAUGGCAGUCAGGAGUGGGUGAUGCAAGCAGACCUUCCCCUCACGGCAGCAAUCAGACAGAGUCAACAAACCCUGUACCAUUCACACCCCGUGGACAGGCAAGCUGCUUUGAGGAUCAGCCCCUGUCACUCCCGCCAACCCUCCAUCAUCUCCGACGCCUCAGCUGCCGACGGCGACCGCUCGUCCACCCCGAGCGACAUCAACUCCCCCCGUCACAGGACUCACUCCCUCUGCAAUUCCAUGGAGGACCUCGAGGACCAGAAGCGUAAAAAGAAGAAGGAGAAGAUGAGUCUUGGUUCACUGUCUCGAGUGUUCGCCCGGGGUAAAUCUCAACGCAAGUCCAUGGAUCCGGGCCUGUUUGAUGACUCAGACAGCCUCUCCAGCCAGACACACCCCAGCCUAUCAGAUGGCGAGGAGCAGCUGGAACGGCUGCAGCAGGUGGAGCUUACGCGCACCAAGCCCAUGUCUCUGUGGAAGGCGGUCACUGUGCAGGCCUGGCUGGAAGUUGUCAUGGCAAUGCCCAUAUACAUGCGUGCCUGCUCAGAGAAUGUCAAGAGUGGGAAGGUGUUGCUGGGGUUGACCGAUGAGGAUCUGGAGCUGGGGUUGGGCAUUAACAGCCCCAUGCACCUCAGGAAACUCCGCCUUGCUAUUGAGGACUACCGGGAGGCAGAGAACGGACGAGGAAUAUCCAAAGCUGCUGAUAUGGACCAUCACUGGGUGUCUAAGAGCUGGCUGAGUGACAUUGGGCUCCCUCAGUACUCACAAGUCUUCCACAAUCAAUUAGUGGAUGGCAGAGUACUGAACUCACUCACACGGAGAGACUUGGAGACCAUCUUCAACAUUACCAACAAGUUCCAUGUAACUAGUAUUCUAUCAGCCAUUCAGCUUCUGCAAAUGCUCAACUUUGAUAAAGAGACUAUACAGGCACGUCGUGCUCAGUGCGAGAAUCGAGAUGUGGAUCCGGUGGUCUGGACCAGCCACCGUGUCAUUAAAUGGAUCAGAGACAUUGAUCUUAAGGAAUAUGCAGAAAGCCUUCGGAACAGUGGCAUCCAUGGUGCUGUAAUGGUUCUAGACCCGACCUUCAGUGCAGACAGCAUGGCCAAGGCUUUAGACAUCCCUAACAAUAAACACAUGAUCCAUCGGCAUCUUUACGAAGAAAUGAAGGUGCUUCUCAAUCCAGCAAGAACGAAUCAGACCCAGGACUACAGGAAAGAGGGAACUCCGACACAUUCUCCUGUCUCAAAUUGCCGCAAAACUGAGGAAGGACUUUCUCCCAGGCUAAAAGUUGGCAAGAGUCCUUUGAGAUUCAAUCCAUUGGUCACUGCUGGGCGGGACUUGACUUUUCAAGGCAACUGUGGAUCACCACCCAGAGAGGAUCGAAUCAAGAUCCUGCAAAGGACCAAGGGCAGUCCCAUGCAUGGUUAUUCAAGCAUAGAGAUCACUAAUGUGUGAGGGCAACAGCCUAUGCUUACCUUGGAUGAACUAGGAAAAGAGAACUCUAGAGCUCCCUCCAAUGCCUAAAUGGGCCAAAUGAGGUCAAUCAUUCUUAAAAGUGAUUUGAAAAUGGACCAUUUGCACUUUAGAGAAUUUGUAUUGGCAACAAAUAACAACUAAGCACUUGAUGGAAAAUCUUAUUGAUAUGCUGCACUGAACAAACAGAUAUUUUGUUACUAACAAUAUACUUAUACAGAAUGAACUUCCAGCACAGAGGAUACAGGCAGGACUAUAGGUAUGCAGCUGAAAAAUCAAUACUACAUGUUCAGAUGUCCACUUCCUGUAUCAAGGCCAUCACAACGGUGUGCUUGUUUAAAGUGUACUUGAAUGAGGAAUACUGUAGUAGUGUGAAUAUUUGUGAAAAUGUUUGGAAUGCCUCAUUAAAGUCUUCUCUUUGUUUUAAAUGAAUAAUUCACCCAAAAAAGAUAAUCAUUAUUUACUCACCCUUACGCCAAAUGCCAAACUCAAAUUACUUUCUUUCUUCUGCGGAACACAAAUAAAGAUAUUUUGAUGGAGAUAUUAAGUGUUUUUUACCAUGCAAUGCAAGUCAAUGGGUGCAACUCGAGUGGUUCUAAGUACUGUAAUUACUGUAAUUAAAUUACUUUUUUGGUGAAAAAAGUAUGGGAUUACGCUUAAUUAUUCAGUAAUUUAAUUACAGUUACUUCUGAUGUAAUUGUGUUAAAUACUGUAUAGACUAUAGAACAAUUCUAUAUAAAAAAUAGUGAAUUUAAAAUUGAAAUUGAAUGUCUUAUGUUAAAAUAUAUGUUUUCUAAUUAAAUGCAGCCCCCAUAAAUUCUUUGGCCAGUUCAUGAAUAAUUUAUUUGAUCUUAUAUGAUUUAUUUAAAAGAAUUAAAAGAACAAUUUCAUGUCUAUCCUUAUAUUUUUAAUCUGGUCGAGGUUGAUGAAGGUUUUAGAAAAUAUUUAGUAAUAAGUAAUGCAAUUACUUUUCAGACAGCGUAAUUAGUACAGUAAUCUAAUUACACUGUAGAAGAUGUAAUUAGUAGCUAGUAAUUAAUUACUUUUUUAGAGUAACUUACCCAACAUUGCUGCUGUGUGCAUUUUCCAUUUCCCUUUUAAUUUCAGUUUUAAUUCAUUUAAAUUAUACGUUGCAUAUAGCGAAGCCAAAAUACAACGUCCACACAUGUGGACGCGGGGUCGCACAAAGUUAAUCCAUGCCUUCUGAAGCAAUACGAUCUGUUUUGCGAGAGAAAUAGACCAAAAUGUAACUUUGUCACUACUCUAUGUAUGUGUUAAGUGGGAGGGAGUGUAAUCAAGCUUAAAAUCAUGAUCGUGCCAAGGAGACUGCAGAUGUCAAGAUUUAAAUUGAAAAAUGAGUUACAGUUUCUCACCCAAAAGCAAUAAUUUUGUUUCAGAAGACGUGAAUUAAACCACUCGAGUCGUAUGUCAUAUGGAUCCUUUAUGGAGUGUAAAAGUGUUCCAUUACUCCAUUGGCGUGCAUAUUUAUAGAUAUAUUCACAUCAUAUUUCAAUGAGAAGAAAGUCAUACAAGUUUGAGAUGGCAUAAGGGUGAGUAAAUGAUAAGAGAAUUAUUAUUUCUUUGGGUGAAAUAUUCCUUUAAGGCAUGUGUUGACAUCUGCUAAGAUGUUUGUGUUUUCUGAGUCUCAUUUUCAUUAUAACAUUUGAAAGCAACAGUCACUUAACUGGUAUUGUAGUGUGGGUAAUAGAUUAGUAUCAUUCAGUCAAUCCAGUUUCAUUGAAAUGAGUCUUCCGACUUGAUACAAACUUUAGGGGAAUGAAAGAAAAAUGUAAUUUCUUCUCUCUCUCUCUCAUUUAAUUUUUUUGUUUUUUUCAAGGUCUCUAGCUGUCUUACCAUGCAUGCUGUUCAAUUUGUACGAUGAUAUACACUGAUCAGCCACAACAUUAAAACCACCUGCCUAAUAUUAUGUAGGUCCCCCUUGUGCUGCCAACAGCACCAACCUGCAUCUCAGAAUAGCAUUCUGAGAUGCUCUUCUUCUCACCACAAUUGUACAGAGUGGUUAUCUGAGUUACCGUAGACUUUGUCAGUUCCUGGGACUUUCAGUGUGUGAUCGCAGUUACAGAAAUACUCAAAUCAGCCCGUCUGGCACCAACAAUCAUCCAUGCGAUUAUCUAAUCAGCCAAUCAUGUGGCAGCAGUGCAGUGCAUAAAAUCAUGCAGAUACAGGUCAGGAGCUUCAGUUAAUGUUCACAUCAACCAUCAGAAUGGGGAAAAAAUUUGAUCUUUGGAUUUGGAGUUAUGAUUAUUGGUGCCAGAUGGGCUGGUUUGAGAAUUUCUGUAACUGCUGAUCUCCUGGGAUUUUCACACACAACAGUCUCUAGAAUUUACUCACUAUGGUGCCAGAAACAAAAAACAUCCAGUGAGCGGCAGUUCUGUGGAUGGAAACGCCUUGUUGAUUAGAGAGUUCAACAGAGAAAGGCCAGACUGGUUUGAACUGAAAAAGUCUAUGGUAACUCAGAUAACCGCUCUGUACAAUUGUGGUGAGAAGUGGUGGGUUGGCACUGUUCUGGCGGCACGAGGGGGACCUACACAAUAUUAGGCAGGUGGUUUUAAUGUUGUGGCUGAUCAGUGUAUAUAUACAGUAUAUAAAUAUAUAUUAGUGAAUAUCAUGCACAAAUGUACAGUAAGGAAAUGCAAGGAUGAUCUGAUUGAAAAAGGUUUAAUCAGUUGAGAAUGUCAUGAACAGGGCUCCUGAAUGAAUGUAAAGGAAAGUGAAAUGCACUAUAUAAUCUACAGGCCAAUGCAGCACAUGCACAUUAUACAGCCGUGUUUUCCUAAGUAUCCCUAACAGAGCCACAGGGCAAUGAGAGCAAAACAAGUUUUGCAACUCAGUGUGCAGUGGCAUUGGGCUUUGAUGCAAACAACCUCUCAUGUGGGUAUAAACAUGUUAGAGAACAUGACUAAUGACAGAGUCUUUCACAAAUUCAACCAAUCAGAUCUAUUUAGAAUCAGGAUUCUGCUGAAUCUGAAAGAAAAUGCCUUUUGAUUGACACUUCUUAUUAGACUUGUGUUGCACUGCACACCAGCGCUAUAAAAAGCACAAGAAGAAAAUAGCAGUUUUGGGUGUAUUUUUAAAGUGGGUUUUGCAAUCACAACUCAUUUUGAUAUCAUUGUACCUUGUGGCAUUAGUGAAAAUGUCAUUUUGAGAAACAUCUGUAUAUAGACUUCAUGUGUCAUUGACACAAUCUACAGUAUAUAGAAAAAUAAAAAAUCUACAUAUAU